AUGUUCUACUUCCACUGCCCGCCUCAGCUGGACGGGGAGUGCUGCCGCUCCAACACACUGAACUCCGGCGGGUUUGCCAGCCACGCGCCGUCCGACUUCGAUGACGGGUUCCUCCGCAGGAAACAGCGCCGGAAUCGAACCACCUUCACCCUGCAACAGCUGGAGGCUCUGGAGGCGGUGUUCGCCCAGACGCACUACCCGGACGUGUUCACGCGGGAGGAGCUGGCCAUGAAGAUCAGCCUGACGGAGGCGCGCGUGCAGGUGUGGUUCCAGAACCGCCGAGCCAAGUGGAGGAAGACGGAGCGAGGCAGCGCGGACCCUGACGGCGGGAAGGAGCAGAUGAACGACAGCGCUCCUCCGUCUCGCAGCAUCAACUCCCAGUCCCCCGUGGAGCAGAGCAGGAAACAGAAGGAGCCGCUGGACAUGCAGCAGAGCAUCAACAGGACAGUGGGCCCCGGAGGACCCUUCUUCCCGUCGUGUCUGCCCGGCACCCUCCUCAACUCGGCCACCUACGCCCAGGCGCUGUCCCAGGUCGCCACACUCAAAGGUAGUGGUUUGUGCUCCUGCUGCGUUCCGGAUCCCAUGGGCUUGUCCUUCCUGCCUCCCUACGGCUGCCAGGGGAACCGCACCGCCAGCGUGGCCGCCUUGCGGAUGAAGGCGCGCGAGCACUCCGAGGCUGUGCUGCAGUCAGCCAACCUGCUGGGAGCCGCAGGUCCCGGGCCUGGGCCCGGGGCCGGGGUCGGGGUGUUGCCCGGGGCCGGGGUAACACGACCCACCAUGGGUCCUGCCAUGGAGUUGCCGGGAGCGGUGGGAAGAGGAGGGGAAAGCUCCAGUCCAAGUCCGGCUGCUAAGGCUCCUCCGGUCCUGGGCAACGGCUCGGACAAGCACCCUCACCGUGCCAAGGAAGUCCUGGACAAGAAGUGAGGAAUUCUGGACGUUUGGCCGUG